AUGGCAGAGGAAAAUCAACUCGCUGUCUUCGAAGGGAAUACACCACCGACGCCGGUUCAUUCUCCACAGCCCACGAUGAAUGCGCCACCACCACAUCAUGGGACUCCCUCGGCCCAUCUCCCACAACCGAUUUCAUCAAGCAUGUCACUACCGCUGGGGUACGCACCACCACCACCUGGGCACUCGCCGCCACCACCGAUGCACGCGCCGUCGUCGGCGACUCAAGCACCACCGCCUGCCCAUGAUCCUACUCGCAUGGCCACGCUCGAGGGCAACGUCACAACUCUUCAAAACACGGUUGACGUUAUGGCCGCUAAUAUGGCCGAGAUGAUGGCCUUGCUCAGGGGGCCAAAUCAUGCGUCUUCGAGCUCUAUCCCGCCUCUUGCACGCGGGCCAACUGUCGACCCCGGUCCUUGGGUCUCGCCAACCCAUGCAUCAGAGGGCGACAUAGCGGCCGCCCCCGCGCCAGCAAUUAUCCCAGUGCCCGCUCCUCAUCCGAAGUACGCGCCGGCAAUUCACCCGGUCGACUUCGGCCAUCCUCAGUCCACCAUUCCAGCAGCUGUCUCACUUCCGCCCAUGACGAUUCCCGUGCCAAAUCCGACCAUGUUUGCACCACCUCCCGUGUCCGUGCCAGCUCCAGCUACCGUUUAUACUGCUCCUCCGCCGAUGGGCUUCCCGACAUCGAGCGCCCCUGGGAUGCAGCUACCCGCGAAAGUCAAAGUACCCGAUUUUCAGAAGUACAAUGGAACUAAAGACCCGCGACACCACCUCCGUCACUACAACGGAAAGAUGCUUCAAUACUGGGACUACGAACAGUUCGUCAUCACGACUUUCCAGGAGAGCCUAUCAGGACCGGCUCUUAAUUGGUUCAUAUCUCUCCGAGCAGAGGACAUCCCCUCCUGGACCGAACUGGCCAAGAAGUUUGUUGAGCAGUAUCAGUAUAACAUGGAGACGCCCUCGUCCUUCCUUGAGUUGAGCACAAUGGAAAUGGCAGAGGGGCAGAAAUUUGAGGAUUACGCCACGAAUUGGCGUUCGAAAGCAGCAAAACAUUUCCCUCCAAUUUGCGAAGCGCAGCAAAUCCAAAUGUUUCAUGGGACUCUCAAGGGGGCUUACUACUCUCACCUCAUGGGUCACAAGUCUACUUUCUCGGAGAUGAUUAUGGCCGGGAAGCAGGUAGACCUGGGCAUCAAACUCGGAAGGUUAGAGGGCCCGACAAAGAAGGGAGAAGGAGAGUCCUCGAGGAAGACCGCGGCUGCAGUAGCCCCUACUAACGGCAGAGGGGGAAAGGAUGCUUCGAUUAAUGCAGUUAAUCUAGGACAUCCGGGAUCUCAACAGUACUCGGUGAAUUUCACACCUGCGCCACCUGCUACUCCCGCAUAUGCUCCGCCGACUGUACACUAUCCGUCUCAGCAUCCCGCUCAACCGGUUUAUUAUUUGGCCCCGCCGACAGCAUUUCCAUCGGCCCCGCAACAAGUCGUCCAUCAUUACGCUCCCGCUCCUUCUCAGACCCCGCAGUACAGGCCUCCGGCUUCAAGAACUCCUCAGCCAACACAACAGGCCCCAGCCCCACAGGGUAAACAAGGCGGCGCAAUGCAAGCUCAGCAGCACAUACAGUUCACACCCCUGCCUACCCCGCUCUCCCACAUAUACAGGCAACUAUUAGUAGGCGACAUGAUCCGACCAACGGUUCCCGGUCCCAGUUUCGUUCCGGCAAACCAAGAUCAGAGUCUACGCUGCGAGUACCAUUCAGGUGCACCCGGGCACACCACCGACAAUUGUUGGAAAUUGCGGGAGGAGGUUCAGAAGUUUAUCAAUAGUAAAAAGAUCUCGUUCAAUGCCAUUAGGCCCCCGAACGUGCAAGCUAACCCUCUCCCUGAUCACGGGUCGAGCUCGGGGCCCACCAUCAAUAUGAUCAGUGUUUGCACAAUGAGAGAGGACGAGAGCCAACAGGAGGGCCCUACUCCAUUUGUAAUCGAGUAUGUCCCCGCGGAAGCCACCGUAGGGUUCAUAGGGUCUAAUGCCGCGCCCGCCCCGUUCAUAAUAGAAGUCCCCGCUCGCGAGCCAUACCAGGACAGCAAGGUCCCCUGGACCUACGAAGGAAGUGUCGGGAACCUGGAGCAGCAGUUCAGUGUCAUGGGCGUGACACGCUCGGGCCGGGUGUACACGAACCCGGAGAUCGCAGGCAAGGGUAAGGCUCCCGCUGCAUCCGGGGCUGCUCCGGAAGCCCCGCUUAUCCCGCAGAAGAAGGUGACCGAAGAAGAAGCCGAGGCUUUCAUGAAAGUGAUAAAGGCUAGCGAGUACAAGGUAGUAGAACAAAUGGGUAAGUCUCUAGCUCAUAUUUCACUACUCGCCCUCCUCUUGAGUUCGGAGCCACACCGAGAAGCCCUCCUACGGGUCCUUACUGCAGCACAGGUUCCUAAGGAGACAGCCCCGGGUCGAAUUGAAGAGACCGUCAGCUCGAUUUUCUCCAAUGCCAUCUCAUUUUCAGAUGACGAGCUCCCCUCCGAAGGAUGGGCACACUCACGGGCGUUGCACAUCGUCUGCAAGUGCAACAAUUUCAUUAUUGGCCGGGUCAUGAUCGACAACGGGUCCGCCCUCAAUGUUUGCCCGGUGUCCACGCUGAAGCAAAUGAAUGUGGACCUCAAUCGCGUCCUUGACAUCCCGAAUGCUUUUAGCCUGCUCCUCGGGAGACCCUGGAUCCACUCAAUUGGAGCCGUUUCUUUGUCCCUGCACCAAAGGAUCAAGUUCAUCGCGGAUGGUCGGCUCAUUACGGUCAAGGGUGAAGAGGACUACGCCAUCUACAAGGAAACGGCUGUGCCCUAUAUUAGCAUCGGAGACGACGAGAACCUCCCAUUCCAUUCAUUCGAGACCAUCUCCGUCAUUCGAGACUAUGGAGAGGUCCGUCCAUCUCGUGCUGACCGCAUGGUCGGGAAGGUCCUUCUGCGUCACAACUAUGUUCCCGGUACCGGGCUUGGAGCACAGGGGUAG